AUGGAGAGUGACGACCCACCACGCGAUCCUGCCACCACAGACUGGAGCCUGAUUGAACGCGUUUUGAUCUGUAUCGCCGGUAUACGUUCGAGACACAACAGCGGGAAUGAAAAGACAACUACACUGUCUAAGCUCACUCACCUGAAAGCCGAAGUUGACGGAACCUUCCCCUCGGCCGACGUUGACUGGUUCAUGGUGCUUCUUCGAAUUCCCACGUUGACCCAUGUAUUCGGCACCAAAUGGACCAACAAACCACAAUGGUUGAGGCCUGUGCAUCGCGAAUUCCCUCGCCUCAUUCACCUUGAACUUCGUGAUUGCACCUUUGAUGCUCCAAACCUUCGAAGGCUCCUGAAACUAACACAAAAGUUGGAAACAUUCAUCUACGAACGCGGGUGGACGAAGAGGAAAGACUGGGUCUUGAAAUCUGCGGACCUCAGCCAAGCGCUUCAAUACACAUCUCAGACCCUGACUUAUCUCGAACUGUCAUUCAAUCGAAGUGCCCGAAAGGUAUACACAGAUUUGUAUCUUCAACCUCUCAAUCUCGCGGGGCUUCGUCAUUUGAAGAGACUGCGAAUAUCAGCCGGCUAUCUUGUCCAGACUCAAGCGAAGAUGUCAUCCUUGAAAGGUCGCUACUGGAUGCUAUAUGAUGACCAUGGGAUAUAUAACAGUGUAUUGCCUUUGUACAAGCUACUUCCCGAGUCACUCGAAGAGCUGCACGUCUUCCAAAUUAACGAUGAGCUCGAGUUUAUCCUCAUCUGUGAAAAGCUUUGCGAAAGUCUCUAUGGCAGAGCAGCGUCUACUCUACCGGAGGGUCACCAAUUUCAGCACCUCAAGGAGAUUAAAAUUGAGGCCCCCUUCGAGGACAAAGGCGUGUACUUAUUCCAGGCACUCUCCGAAGUCACAAACCGAGCUGGAGUGAAGUUGACAACAAUUGAAAAUUCCGCCAAUUACGUCAAGUCCUGGAUCACCGGGGAUACAAUAGUAGCAUGCGCAGACAAAAAGAUUGACUGGGGGUUUGACGGCGAGAUUCAGUGGGCACAUCCAUUCACUCGGCGAGGGGAGGUGAAUUACGACCUCGAUUAA